GCCUGUUCACGACUGUCGUGGCCAGGAAGUGAGUCACACUGACGGUAAUGUUGCGUUUGGGUUGCACACAAGGCGAGUAGAAGGAAGCAACAUGUGCUGAGUACAAUAACUCCAACUCAUCAGCACAGCGAGUUAGACUACGGCGACGAGAACACACGACGAAGACCGGAUAUCCACACGGAUCAUUCUAUUAACCGGCGCCAUGAAGAGAGAGGUGAAGGCCGGAGUCGACUUCCUGAAACGUCUGGCUGUAGCACGUGGCAAACUUGAUGAAGCAAAAGCGCAAGUGUUUGCAGAGAAGCUGCAGAAACUUUUAUUGGAAAAGUUUGAGGAGCACUGGUACCCUGACUCCCCAAGCAAAGGACAGGCGUUCAGAUGUAUCCGGAUAAAUAACAGAAUACCCUAUGACGAGGCGCUCCUCAAGGCAUGUGAGGAGAGUGAGCUCACACCCAGUGAUCUCAGUCUUCCCCCGGAGGUCACCGUGUGGAUCGACCCACUGGAGGUGUGCGCGAGAUCCGGAGAGAAUAGCCGGCCAUUCACAAUAGCCAGUUUCAACGAUAACGAAGAGCAAGAGGAGGGUGGUGCGAAGGAAGGAAACGAGGUCCAGGCGAACCUCGACACUUCAGAUUAUCACUCUGCGACUUCAUCUGACUGCGGUUCUGCUGCAUCGAGCGACACAGAGGAGGAGGCAAAGGAUGGCGAGACAGAAGGAGAGGCAAAAAAAGAGAAGAAAGUCGAGAAGCACGAAGCGGGGAGUGACGUCACAAUAACGAUGGUGCCCAGGAUUCGGAUUCGCCAGCAACAUAAAGUCAAAUAUGGCAAAAUUGUGGCUCCAGCGAACCCGCAGUAUUUCUUCCACCCGGCACCAGUUUGGCCCCACCCGUACAAACACAACGCGCCGGUGUUCCUCACUGCAGUUUGCGCACCCACAGUUCCACCACCCCCACCUCCACCCCAGCAAGUCCUUGGCUACUACAUCUUACCGCAGCCACCUCCACAGUUUGUCCUUUCUCACGCCCCUACACAGUCGUGGGCAUCUGUGAGGGGUUAGACAGCCGCACCGGGCCCCCCACCUACCCCCGCUCCCCCGGAUGCAGCUCAGCUAGAAACAGAAGUCAAACGUUUCCAUUACUGUCACAUGUUGUUCCAGAAGUUAUUACUUGCACAUUGUGUAUUUGUUUAGCCUUCUUUUUUUGGAUUUAUUUGCAUUUCUUCCGUUUGGUAUCAAUGAAAUAUUCUCAGCACAGGUACUACUGAUACUAAGUUCUGAACAAAUGUUUAUGGGACCUGUUUAAAUCUGCACUGCUAAUGUUCACACAUUAAGAGGCAACAAUCACUCGGUGCCUGUACAAGCUCAGGAAAUCUCUGCAAUACACUUUAUGCCAAAUAGUCUUUUUCAGGUGGUAGAUUUUUUUUUCUAGUAAUCCACUGUGCACACAUCAGUUAUUAAUCCUUGUAAAAUGUGAUUGGGGUUUUAAUCUCUUGUAUUUACACUAUCUGUAUAGUAAGAUUUUUUUUUAACUAAGUAGCCUGUAAAUAAUAACAAAAUUGAAUAUGUAAAACAGACUGAUUUUCACUUUUUAAUAUUGCUACUUAUAAAAUUGUAUUUGGCUACUAUUGAAGUGUCACAGAAAUAUUAGAUUGUAUAGUUAUUUCAGUAACAGUAGCUGCUGUAUAUUGCUAAUAUGUGUAUCAAAAUUAAGAUAUUUUUACUGUAAAUUAUUAUUUGAGCUACGAAAUGAUACUUUUUUUUAUAAAGAGGUGCCCACUGAUUUCCAUAUGCUGUGAUUAAUGUUUUAAUAUAUUUUAUUUACUGCCUAUGCAGCAAUGUGUUUGUUUCACUUGAAUCUUUUUUCUAUUUGGAAAUUCUGUCUUCAAGGAUUAAAUUU